AUGAAUAUCAAUUGUAAGAUGUAUCAAUAAAUUUACGAAAAAAAUAUUAAGAUGCUGAUAAACUAUCUUUUAUAAUUAAUAAUUUAGUAUAUUCUAAUUCAUAAAUUCUUGAACCCGAAAGAUAAUAUAAUAAAGGAGAAAAUCUACCAAUUUGGAUUGAAAAAAGUUGAUUUAGUUAUAAGCAAAAUUGAAUUAGCAAUCAACGAUUUAAUUAAAUCUAAAAAAAAUACUCUUAAGUUUAGUUUGAGAAAAUUAUUUUUUGAAAAUGAAAUGAUAGAUUUAUUUAGUUUUAACAUUAGAAACAAUUAUGAAAUUUAAAGUUUAAUGCCUGAGUUGGAGAUUGAAUUAACCAAAAAAGAUUUUUAGCAUUUCAUAACAAUUUUAUCUUAUAAUUUUUUAACCAAUAAUUAACAAGAUUAACUUUUUAUUCAUGAUUAUCACAUUUACUCCAAAUUUAAUCCAAUAGAAAUAAGAGCCAUACUUUAUUUUGAAAACUUUAAACUCAAAAUAGUAGAUUCAGGGAUUACCUUUCAGUUCAAAUAAACAUAAAUUAAGACUUUUUUAACUUAAAGUUUAAAAAAAAUAAUAAAUAUAUACUGUUAGAAAUUAAUUAUAAACUAAUUUAAUAUCUUUCUAGUUGGAAGCUAAGAUGAUGAAAAUAAUUAAAAAGAAAUCAUGUUCCAGUUUUAUUAAUCUUACGAAAGCUUAACUGAGACUUAAUUUAGGAAGGAAUAAAGAUAAUAAAUUACAGGUUUUGAAUGUAAAAUAGGCUAUAUCAUAUCAUCAGAUUCAAAAGAACUCAUUAUUGAUUUCGAAAAUACUAUUUUUUUUGCAUAUAGCGGAACACUACUUGAAUAUAUUAAAUUUUAUUGAUUUAGAUGAAAAUAGUUUUCCUCCUGAAGAUUUGAUAAUUAAAAAAAAAUAAGUAACAAUGAUAAAUUGGAAAGGAAUUAUUGCAUAUCCAAAUGAAAAUUCAAAAGAUAUUCUUGUUUCAAGAGGAGGGAUUAAUUAUAUAUUGGAGAAAAAUAAGAAUAAAACUUCAUAGAAAUUAACAAUCACAAAUUUAGAAGUAUUUUUAUGCCCAGAAAAUGAAAUACUAGAGUAUUAUUUCUGUGAUGUAGUGAAAAGACAUAUAAUUUUGCCUAUGUAUGCUUUUGUAGGAUUAAAUGAGAAGGAAAGCUAACAAUAACUUGAUUUUUCAAUUGAGAAUUUAAAUAUUUAAGUUUCAUAUAAAGAUUUUACACCUAUUUAUGCUUCAUAUUUAUUCUAAAAAAAGUAGCUUGAAUUGCAAAAGCCAAUAAAAUAAAACAAACAAUAAGAAGAGAAAUUACUAUUGGCUAAUGUUCAAGUACAUUAGGCUGAUAUAGUAUUUGUACCUUUUAUUGAAAGUUCUGUACCAUUGAUUUAGUUUAUUAUUAAAGAUUAUCAACUGAGUGUAACUAAAAGACGGAAGUAUAUUAUGAAUUAGUAAACUGUGUUUCAAGCAUAAUUUUUCAAUUUAGAAAUUGGUGCUUGGGAACCUUUCUUUGAGCCGUGAUCAUUCUAAAGAUAUUUAAGGUAACCCUUAAAUUUUCACUUCAAUUGUUGUCAAUGAAUCAAGUGAAUCACCAAUGAAUGUCAAUUUCACAAAAUAGAACAUAAAAUAAUUGAUAGAACUCCAUAAAAGAUGGGAACAAUCAAUUCAAAAUAUUUAUAAAAACGUUUAAAUUAAAUAACAUUCUCCUUCUAGAAUUUCUAAGAAUAAUUCAAUUGCAUAAUCAGCCAUUGAAAAAGUGGUUUGUAUGUCUCCUUAUAUUGUUGAUAAUUAAACAGGAUAUGAAAUUGAACUAACCAUAAUUAAUAAAACAUAUAAAAACAUUGAUACUGCAAUUGUUGCUGCAUAUUAAUAACUUGGAUUAAAAUAUGCAGAAUAAAUGGAAAAAAGUGUGCUUUCAAUUUUUGUAAGAUCUCCUUAAUCUAAUUUCAAAGAAAUAAAUAAUUUACACUUUUCGAGAAAUAAGGAUGAAUCAAGACAGAUUGAAUACAAGAUAUGAAUGCUCAAUAAAAUAACCUAAAUUUUAAUCAGAAUUGAAACUUUAGAUUAAUAAAAAAAUUUUGACUAUUAGUUCAGAUAUUUUGUUUUUAAAUAAUAGUAAAUCAGAUAUAGAACUUAAAUUAAUAAAUAAAAUAACAUAAUAAUAAUUAAUUUUAAUUGUUUUAAAAAAUGAUAAAAAGUACAUUCCAAAAGGAUAUGAAUAAUCAAAGAUAUUAGUCAGAUAUUCAAAUGAUGGAGUUUGGUCUUAAGGAAUGGACCUUUAAAAACUUAUUUUGAAAAUUGGAAAUUAUAAUUUGUUUAUCAAUACUCCUUGCUUAGUCUUAAGGGUUAAAUAACCUGCAUUGACAACAUAACCAUUUAAGCUCAAAUUUGUCUGUCCAUUUGCCAUUAAAAACUUAUUACUUUUACCUAUAGAUAUAUAUUUUUGUAUUGAGGAUUAUUGUAGAAUAGAGCCAAAUCAAGCAUUAAAUAUAUCAAAUUCAUAAUUAAAUAAAGGCUUAAAAUUAAAAAUUAAAUUGCCAGGAUUUUAAAAAUCUCAAUAAAUUGAGUUAAACGAAUAAUUUAAGUAAUAAGAUUUUAUUAUUCGAGAUUUUCUCGGUUUAGAAUUAAGCUUAUAAUUAAUCCCUUUAUAUGAAGGGGAAGGAUUAAUUACAAUAGGAGUAGAUGGUGGAUUUACUGUCUAAAAUUCUUUAGGACUAGAUAUAUUUUAUAAUCUAAACUAAUAGAGGUGACUCAUUUAUUAGCCUGGAUAACUAGUUUUUUAAAUCACUGAUCAAUUUAAUUGAGAGAAGAUGGGUGCUUAUAAUUUUUUAACUCUGUUGAUAAUUUAAUAAUCACCUUUGAAUAAUGCAAUUAAGAAUAAAUCCCAGAUAAAAUAUCUCAACCUAUUUAUACUAAAAUCAAUGGAUAAUUUCUUGUUUAAAUUCCAAAAGAAAAUGAUUAUAUGGAUAUAAUCAUUGAUGUCCAAACAAUUGUUGUACAUAAUAUUAGUUAAAAAAAAAUAAUCUAAACCACGAAUUGUAAUUGUCAAUAAACUAAAAACAAAUCUAACCAUAUUCAAGGAUCGUUGUAAUUAAGAUCUAUUUAUAAGGCCAGAUGCUAAAUCCCCAUAUUUUUGGAGGAAGAUUUAAGGAUCAAAAUAUUUAAAGUUCAAACUCAAAGAUCUAAGUAGUGGAUCAAUCUCUGCUAAAAUGUAAGGAACCCUUAAUUUACCUUUGAGAAAUUCUAAAGGUUUAUUAAUGGAUUAUUUAAGUAUUAACUGUAUGGAAGAGGAUAAGAUUUAAGUACAUAAUAGUCAUAGAAUCUACUCAAAAGCCACUCUAUAAAAUAAUUAAUUAAUUGAACUAUGACAUAUGCUUUUAUUAAACUGAAAUUCAAGAAUUGAAUGGAUAUAUCAAAACAAAUUUACCUAUUGGAGGUAUAGUUGACUAUUCUUUAGAUAAUCCUGGAUAUACUAGAAUGAUAAAUUUAGAAAUAUACAAAAAUAGAUAAUUCUCUAAUUUUGUGAAAGUUGAAUUAGUUAAUUCUGAUUAAACCAGUUAAUAUAAGAUGGCUGAUGAUGAAAUAUUCUAUUUGAAUACUUCGUUUUCUUUAGAUCAAAGACAAAUGAUUGUAACUAUAUCUACUAGCGAGUAACAUAACAAAAAAUUGAAUUACGACAAUAUUCUUAAUUAAUUUAGUGUUAUCAUACCAAAAUUGAAUAUAUCAAUCAUAAAUUCAUAUCCAAGAGAUGAACUCCUUGCUAUUUCAAUUUAAAAAAUAGAAUUUAUUUAAUUAGUUGGUAUAUUAGAAACUAUUUAAAUUAAAUUAUAAGAUUUAUAAAUAGACAAUAAUUAGCAUUUUAGAUGUACAUAUCCUGUUUUAGUAACAUAAUAAAAUGAAAAAUUGAAUAUUCUAUUUAUGAAUGCUCUAUUAAAAAGGGCGCUUUAAAUAAAUUUCAUAAACUAUUUUGAGACUGUAAAAUUGGCUAUUCAUCCCAUAUCUCUUAGAAUAAUUGAAGGGAUCUUUUGUGAAUUAGAAAGUUAUUUAAAAUCUUUAGAAUGGAUUGAAGAGUAAAAGAGGAAAUAAUUGAGAGUUUGGCAAAAAGAUAAAAGUUUAAAAUAAUAAUUAUGCUUUUUCGAUAAUUUAUAAUAUUUUCCAUUUUAAUUAAAACUAUCAUUUUAGUAAUAAUAUCUUAAAUUAGCUGCUAGUUAAGCCAUAAAUUGUGAUGAAGUAAGCAUAACAAUUAAAGGUUAUUCAAUGACUAACUGUUAUACAACUUGGGAUUAAUUGUAAAAUAAAAUGAUGUAAAAUUAUAAGGAUGCUAUCUUCUCAAAUUUAUAUAAGUUAGUAGGUUCAAUUAAUUUUACUUGGUAAUCCUAUAGGAUUGAUUGAAAAUGUAUAAGAAGGUUUUUAAGACUUAUUUGAAAUGCCAUAUAAUGGAUUCGUUAAAGGACCAUUAGAAGGAGGUUUAGGGAUAGUCAAAGGAGUUGGAUCUUUAACAAAAGGUGUAGUGGCUGGUGCCUUCAAUUCUAUAGCAAAAUACCUGGAAGUGUAGUUUCAGGCAUAUCAUAAUUAUCAAUAGAUGAUGACUAUUUUCAUUACUCAUCUUCUAACCAGAACUCCAUUACAAGCAUGGAAUUCCUAAUUUGGAUAUAGGCCACAAUUCUAACAAUGUCCUUGA